GCUGCUUUAGAAAUUGUAAAUAAAAAAACCAAACUUUUUGCCGGCAUAGCUUUUUUUAUGACGUAGCCUAAUUGGAAUAAAAAAAUUAUGAAAAUUAAUGUAAUCAAGGCAGAUGUUAUAGCUGCACUAAGUGUCGCCGUAGCUAUUCGUUGCAUCGUAUCGCUUUAUUCAUACUCUGGCGCUGGGAACCCACCAAUGUAUGGAGACUACGAGGCACAAAGGCAUUGGCAAGAGAUUACCACAAAUGUACAGCCAAGAGAUUGGUACAGAAACACAACAGAAAAUGAUUUAUUGUACUGGGGACUUGAUUACCCACCUAUAACAGCGUAUCACAGCUAUAUCAUUGGUAUUGUUGGUAAAGGGCUCAAUGAAAGUUUUGUCAAAUUGGGUGAAUCACGAGGCAUUGAAUCUGCGGCACAUAAAAAUUUUAUGCGAAUGACGGUAUUAUUUGCUGACAUCCUUUUAUAUCUGCCAGCUAUUUUAAUAUUUGGCACGGUGCUAUUUACAAAUUUUAAGAAAUCGUUGCUCUUUUAUCUGCUACCCAUGGUUUUUUAUCCUGGACAAAUUCUUAUUGAUAACGGACACUUCCAGUACAAUAAUGUAUCACUUGGUUUAUGCUUAUUAGCAGUAGCUGCUAUUUUUAAGGGACGUUUUUAUUUGGGUUCAUUUCUAUAUACGUUGGCUUUAAAUUAUAAACAAAUGGAGCUCUACCAUGCAUUACCCUUUUUCAUUUACCUACUGCGAACGUGUUGUGAUCAAAAGGGAUUCUUGUCAAAACUUAAAACAUUUGCGUUUAUAGCUAGUACGGUUUUAGCUACGUUUCUGGUAAUUUGGCUACCAUGGCUAACAUCGGUGACGUCUAUACUGGAAGUGCUCUAUCGGCUGUUCCCCAUUGGACGCGGCGUCUUCGAAGAUAAAGUAGCUAACUUUUGGUGUGCUCUCAAUGUGGUUUAUAAAAUCAAAAACAAAUUACAAAACCAACAAAUGGCCACGCUAUGUUUAGGUGUCACAGCAGCUUUUGUAUUGCCAAUCAACAUACAUAUGUUCUUUAACAAAAGAAAACAAACAUUCCUUUUGAGUUUGGUGAGCACGGCCAUGGCUUUUUACUUGUUUUCCUUUCAGGUUCAUGAAAAAUCUAUACUACUUGUUGCUGUACCUGCAUUGGGUUUGUUCAGCAGUUACCCCCUGGAAACUCUAUGGUUUCUGGAAGCUACGGUGUUUAGCAUGUUUCCUUUAUACGUUAAAGAUGGUCUGGUGAUCCCAUUUUUUGCGCUGCUCUUUAUCUAUCAUUUCUGCAUUAAACACAUACUUCUGAAAGAACUUAAACAGGACUUUAAAAGUAGUUCACUAUCUGCUUCUUCGUCAAUUUCGAUAUUUUCUAUGUUUUUUAUUGCGUUAGUAUCUUUAUAUGCACCGGCUCCUGAAAGGUACCCAUUUAUAUGGCCUUUGCUAAUUUGUCUACAUAGCUUUGCACACUUUUUCGUAUAUUUUGGAUUCUGUAUAUCACAUCAAAUUUCGGGAGAGUUUAAUGUAAAAAUUAAGUCAGCUUGAUAAGUUACAAGUAAUUUUUAAGCAAAAAAUAAAACCGACUUUAAUUCCCAUAUACAAAA